AAAAUUAAUUUCCAAAUUUUGUAAUGAAGAGUUGCAUAAGAAUAAGAAUAACGUCCCAAACGAAAAUUAGAAAUAAUUCACAUUUGUAGGUUAUUUUAGUUCUAUUCCCAAUUUGGUAUUCCAAGUGCAAGUCGACAGUGAGAUUGGCUGGACCCGCAAUAGAUCAUGAUCAGUGUGAUCAAUAUAGAGAAUCCCAUCCCAAAAUUCAAGGAAAACGUGGACAACCUUUUUGAUGCCGAGUUUAUCUUCUGAGUGACCCUCCUCAGCGUUUGGCCUUUGAGCCAGAGUAAAUUUGUUCAAAAUUUACGGCUUUUUCGAUAUCGAUCCGGAGGAGGUGAAAUUGGACGAGGACGAGGGCCCAGAAGAUCUAGAGGUUGAGUUGAUAAAUCUAGACUACAGCUUCAGACCAAUUACCAGUCCGCCCAACGCCUUCCAAAGGUCACGCUCCGAACAAAGCAAUCACGAUCACCUCCCGACUACGUCAAACAACUCGUCAAGAAUCUUUCCAAGUUCACGUAGUUUCCAAGAGCCAGGAAAUAGCAUCGGCAUGGCUGGAAUUAGUGAUUAUCGUCGUGGAGGCUACUACGGGUACGAUCAAACUGACCACAGCGCUGAUACCCAACAACAGCAAAAUUAUCCCCCUCCAGUCGGAACAGGUGACACAGAAUACGUCGCCCCCGUCUCCUCUGGCCGGGUAUCCUCUCGUGGCGACUACUAUUCAAACUAUAACUAUGGCGGAAGUCGAGCCAUCUCGCCUUACUCGGUGGGGACGAUGGGAAGCCCGAGACUCGGAGGGUAUCCGACAGCCUACAAUUUAAUCGACGGCGCUGAAGACCCUCACAUCCAAUCUGUUGCUGCGAAAGGUGUGGGAUUGUUGGCGAUUGUUGUGGAAAAUUUACUCAGUCACCCUUUCCUCGUUUUAAAAAGACAAUGCCAAGUCCACACAUCAUCAAGUCGAUACCACAUUUUACCCUUUACCAUGAUUAAUCCCGUCUUCCAUAUUUGUCAACGACAAGGAGUCGCCGUCUUAUGGAAGGGGCUGGGCAGCACUCUCGUCGUGAGGGGGAUGGCUUUAGCCGUGGAAGAUGUGACGAGCAAGGUUACGCCGUGUCCAAAGGAAAUUACACGUCACAGCUCCACCAAAUCAGUUAUGCAACACAUCCUCCUAAAAGCCCUCAGCGUCGCCGUAAUUACUCCCUUCUACUCAGCCAGCCUAGUGGAAACGGUGCAGAGUGACGUGGCCUCCGAGACCGCCGGAUUUUUCGACGUAUUCAGAGAAGGAUUUUGGCGUUUAUUGUCAUGGCCCAGCACCGGUCGACUCGUCCCCCUCCACGUCCUCAUCGUUCCUACGGUGGCGCAUGGAAUCCUAUCUUAUUUGAUCUAUUCAGGAGUCAAGUCUGCCUCUGUGUCAGCUAUUCGAAGAGUGAGAGAAUCAAAGGAGCGAAAAGGGGGCGCUCUAUCGAAAGACACCAGCAUGUCAUACUACACAGAAAUGACUGCCUCACUAGUGGGCAAUAUGGCCGCGGACAUUAUCCUAUUUCCUUUGGAGACUGUCUUAAACAGAUUGCACCUCCAAGGAACCCGAACUAUUAUCGACAGCUUAGAAAAUGGAUUCGAGGUGACCCCGAUCCUCACCUCGUACGCCGGCGUGUUGGACUGUUUUCGCACAACGGUUGACGUUGAAGGAUUCUCCGGCCUGUACAAAGGUUUUGGGGCGCUCAUUCUCCAAUACGGACUACAAAUCUUGAUAAUCCGUACGAUGAAGAUCGUCCUGGAGAAGUCACCCUUCGGAAGUCCUAGUUCUACUCCUGUCGGGAGUAUGACGCCGCCACUCGUCAUGGGACAGGAUAAGGCGGGAGCAUCAUCAUAUCCGGGAAGUUACACUCCUCCAGUACAUCAGUCGCGUUCAGAACCGGCCCAUAUUGGCAGCAGGACCCCAUUCGAUCCUUUAAAUAGGAGGACGCCACCCGCAGUUCUUAACAUGAACAGAGAGUUUCCAACAAACCAUGAUGGUGCAGGAGACGCAACGGAGGUCAGGUAUCGGUCACGUUUCAGUAACUUUAGUCCGACAGGAGUUCGCUGACACAGCGGGAUAACUAGCCCUAGUCCGAUUAGCUUUAGCCAUUACCACCACCAAUUGCAACUACAGUAUCGACGAAGAUAUCGACGAAAAUCAAGUCAUUAAGUGAAGUGAAGUGUAAGUGUAGCUUAAUUCAGAAUCAGUGGGUGAAGCUUUACAAAAUUAAUUGCGAAUAAUUACAAAGAAUUAUUCUCAUAAUACACAACAAGUGUCGUGCUGCUUAUUAAUAUACACGCCGUAUAUCAAAAAGUAGGGGUUUAAUUUUGCUCACUCCGUUUGUUGUUUUACGGUGGAAAUAUACGUAUCACCAUUCUAUUUUAAAGAAAUUUUGAGGUUGGAACUGAUGGAUAUGAAACGGUAUGGAACAUAAUGGAAUGUACCUUAAAAAUGAAAGAUAUUUCUGAUGGUUCUAUUUUAUCUAAUGUUUAUGGUUUAAAAAAUAGAUAACAUAAGAUUAGCCAAAUAAUAACGAGCAAUAGAUGUGAUACGAGUAAUAAUUUGGUAAUAUUAGCACUGCCAAUCAUCACAUCGUCCCACUGAUAAUUCACCAAUUAUUUAUAUCUUAACCGUACUUGCUCCUAAAUCGUAAUAAUUAUAGCAUGAGCUAUCGCCCAACUUGGAAAAAAUUGUAACUUGAUCCGUACUUUACCGUUGAUAUAUAAAGUAGUAUAUGGUUCAGAAAGACAGCCAUGUUCGAAUCUACCUAGUAAGUAAUUAAACUACCAAAUAAAUAAUUUUAGCAGAA